AGUAACUGAACUAUGUUAUGUCCAUGAAUAGCCCUGCUACCCAGUAAGAAUAGAGAGAUUAGCUUUGGUUUUCAACAAAAACGUGUGUAGCUCCUUUAUAUGAGUGACGAAGACGCAAUGCAAAGUGACUCCCCUCAAAACUUGAGAAAUCGCAAAAAAGACAGGCUACCUUCUAAGGAGGAGGACGAAGAUAGCGCACCAACACCGGCUCCACCUCAACCACCCUCCAACAAGUGGAAGAAUGCCUGGACGAGAUUCCUGUUUUCUAUUCCUAUGAUCGGGGGUUUUAUACUAAUUUUAUGGCUGGGGCCCUUCUAUGUGGCACUACUGGUUGUUAGUUUACAAGUGAAGAGUUUCCACGAGCUGAUGGUGAUCGGGCACAGCAAAUACUCCUCCCUCGAACUCCCUUGGUAUCGAGUUCUCAACUGGUACUUUCUGGGGGUGGCUAACUACUUUUUCUUUGGAGAAAGUCUCACUUCCUACUUUAGAAAUCUCUUUAUUGGCGAGGACUACCUAAACAAGCUGGCGAACUAUCACCGCUUCAUCUCUUACUGGCUCUACUUAGGAGGUUUUAUUGUGUUUGUUCUGAGUUUGAGAAAGAAGAAGUACACUGUCCAGUUUACCUUGUUCGGGUGGACGCACAUAGUGCUGUUGUGCUGUGUCGUACAAUCUCAUCUUAUCAUACAGAACUGCUUUGAGGGGCUCUACUGGCUACUUUACCCUGCGUCCAUGGUUAUCUGUAAUGAUAUAAUGGCUUAUUUCUUUGGAUUCUGCUUCGGAAAGACACCCCUAAUAAAGCUGUCACCUAAGAAGACGUGGGAAGGUUUUAUCGGCGGGUUCUUUGCUACAAUGGUGUUUGGAGUUCUUGUUUCAAAAACGAUGUACCAGUUUAAACAUCUUAUAUGCCCUGUCGAGUAUGAUGGCUCAGCUCUGGUAAUCAGCAACUGUGACCCAGGUUACGUCUUCAACCAGCAAACAUUCGACCUUCCUCUGGGAAUUCAGGGACUCCUGUCGCUGUUUGGUGUCUCUUGGAACACCGUCUCCUUCCGUCCUAUACACUUCCAUGGAGCUGUGAUGGCCAUGUUCGCUUCCCUCAUUGCACCUUUCGGAGGGUUCUUCGCUAGCGGCUUCAAAAGAGCUUUUAAACUCAAGGAUUUCGGAGAUCUUAUUCCGGGACACGGAGGUGUUAUUGACAGGAUGGACUGCCAAUUCCUGAUGGGCACAUUCGUCUUUGUCUACUACUUCAGCUUCAUAAAGAGUGUGAGCGUAAACAGCGUGAUCCAGAUAAUUCAUGGAAUGUCAGGUGAAAGUCAGCUAGAACUCCACAAGACACUCGGAGACUUGCUCGCUACCAGAGGCCUCCUAUAACCACAAGACACUCGGAGACUUGCUCGCCACAAGAGGCCUCCUUUAACCGUGGUGUUGUCAUGGUUACAAGAAGUAGACUCUACUGACGCCUUAGCAACUUUAUCUAAAUUAAAUUUGAGACACGUUUAAACUUCAGUUUGUGUCACGUGUGUAGUUGUUUUAAGCCGUGUUAAGAGAAGAAUUUCUGUCACGUGCCCGGUUUUUGCUCUCAGUUUAAGUUUAGCAAAUAGAAACUAUAGUAACUAGUAACUAUAGUAACUAUAGUAACUAUAGUAACUAUAGUAACUAUAGUAACUAUAGUAACUAUAGUAACUAUAGUAACUAGUAACUAUAGUAACAAGUAACUAUAGUAACAAGUAACUAGUAACCAUAGUAACUAGUAACCAUAGUAACUAGUAACUAUAGUAACUAGUAACUAUAGUAACUAGUAACUAUAGUAACUAGUAAUUAUAGUAACUAGUAACUAUAGUAACUAUAGUAACUAGUAACUAUAGUAAAUAUAGUAACUAGUAACUAUAGUAACUAUAGUAACUAGUAACCAUCCGUACUAUUACAAUAUAAAUGUGUCUUUGUAUUCCCCCGUAUGUAUGCCGCAUAUUUAGCAUAUUUUAUAUGCUUAAUAUUUGUUAACCUGUCGAUAGCCAGUCUAAUUUGAGUAACGAAGUUGAAUUUAUUUAGAGUGGCCCAGAAUAUUCACGAACUUUCAGGGUCCAGAAUAAGUGAGCAGUGGGCACUCUGUUGUGAUCCCCAUCCUGCGUGUAGACCAUGACUAUACGUUAAUUCUGGGGUCACUCUUACUUUCCUCUCGCAGACAAAACGAUAUUAUCAACUUGUAUUAUUAUAAACGUGUGUUGGGCUAUAUGUGUUGCCAUUGUGUACUUUGUUCGCUCAAACCUUUUAUAUUUGCAAGGCUACAAAACGAGGAGGCUAUGAUUUGUGCUAGGUUAUUAUUUUACCAGUACAUACUACAUACUUAAUUAAUUAGUUAAUUAGUUAAUUUGAUAGUACCCCUGUUACAUAUUGCAGGAUUAUUCAGCAAGGUUUUUGUGGGUUUUAUUAAGUAAGCAGUUAAUACAAGUUUGUUUUAAUGUGAAAUAUUGCAAUUAGUACCACAGUGGUGUUACUGCAUCUCGCUAAGGGCGCUAACUAAAUCGCCCCCUAAAAAUUGUCACAUUUCAUACCUUGACUGUUCCCCCAGUCUUGAAAACCAAAAAUGCGUUUGAUUUAGAUAGUCAAGAUAAGAGUAUUGGUAAUGUUUUCUUAUUUAGAAUUAUAUAGCGAGAAAUCUUCUAAACCCUCAGUGAGUUAGUGUCAGGUUUUAUAAAUGACCUGAAAACUUAAUGAGUUUAAUUUAACUAUUAACUGCAUCAUAAAUAAACAGUAAUAUUGUACAAUGUCCCAUAUUUAACCUGUGUUAAAUGUUAAGUUAUAUUUAUAUUUUGCUUAAACUUUAAAAA